AUGAACUCUGGGUUGAACAACUAAAAUUCUUUGUUUCAGCAGCUGACUCCUGCUUAACUGGAGGAAUAUUAACAACAACUUAGGUAUGAUUCUAAACCCAUUUUCGCCUUAUCGUAUUACCCAAAUAGCUCUAUUCAAUCAUUUGGCAAUUCAUUACUUAUUUUAGAUCAUCGCAACUUUUCAGUGCCUUCCUGAAUAUAAAACCCUAUGUUUUUCCAGGCUUAAUCCAAUAAUUUCCAGACAAUGCCAAUAGAACCCCUUAACCAUAAGAUCUGUUUAAUAGCAAUUUUGGUAAGAUAUCAUCAAGUUCGCCCUCAACUAUCAUAUAAUGACCUUAUAGUUUUUAAAUUGCCAUAUUUAAUGUAGGUUUUGGAGGAGCGUUAAAUUCAUUUGAUUAUACAAAACUUUUACAGAAAAGCCUUUAGAUGACUAAUCUGACAUCCUUGAAUCCCUUCACGCCUAAUCAAUUGUUCUGCCAAGCUAGUCCAGGGAAUUAAAGGAAAACUAAUAAUUUUAAUAAUCCCAUUACUGUUGAGGAUGAUGAACCAUAGUAAGUUUAGAAAUGUCACAAUUAAAAAUGCAAUAAUAAAGGUGAUCGAAAAACGAAAUCAAGAAAAGGGGAAGCCCUUUAAUUUUGUGAGAAAUGCCUGAGAUUAUACACUCGUGGAAAUUAUUGUGAUUUUUGUGAAUAGGUAUUAAGAAUUAUUAUAGAAUUAUUUUUUAGAUAUAUUCAAAUGGCACCAAUGAUUAAGAUGAAUAGGAGUGGAUACAAUGCGAUGCUUGCUAAAAAUGGGUACAAAUUAGAAUUAUAUGAAAGAAUCAUUUAAAUUGCGAAGCUAAAUUUAGGAAUCAAAACAUCAAAGAAGAAACUGAAAAUUAAGUUUAUCAUUGUUUGAAUUGUUCGAAAACCAUUAAAAAGCAAUAACAACAACAAUAACAAUAAUAAUUAUAUCAAUAAUAGCAAUAACAAUAACAAUAACAAUAAAAAUAAACGAAUAGUCAAUAACCAAAGAAAUAAGAGAAAUCUAUAGAAGAAUACCAACCAAAAUAGAGACAAAAUAUUGAAUGCGAAGAUAAUAGAAUGCGAGAGAAAAACAUCAACUUUGUUGCCACCAAAGAUAACAAAAUUUAGUUUAGUAAUUUAAAUUAUUUAUGAAAAUUAUAAGCAUUCAGAUUGAAUCUUUAUGAGGAUGAAAUUAAACAAGACUUAGAUUCUCUUCGAAAUGCAGGAAAAAAAAUGGUCAAGAAACAGAAUGUUGUUGAUUCACCUAUCAUGAAGAUAAACCCUACUCCACAAUUGCAAUAAUAAUAAUAAUAAUAAUAAUAAUAAUAAUAAUAAUAAUAGUAGCAAGAAGAGAAAGUAUAAAGUAUUUCCUAAUUUAGAACCCUGAACAUCAAGUAAAUAGCAGACUUAGAACUAGACCUAAUAAUAAAAAUAAAGUUAAUUACAGAUAUUUGGGAGGUGAAUGA